AUGAGGACCCAGCUGCUGAUAAGUGCACUGGCCAUCACCCGCUUAAUAACUACAGCUAAUAUAGCAACUGAUGCUUCUACAUCAACACUUCCCACAAGCACAGGUCCGCCACCUGCAUCUCCAGUUACUGAUGCGUCUACAUCAAUACUGCCCACCAACACAAUGUCGCCACCUGCAUCACCAGUAACUGAUGCGUCUACAUCAAUACUGCCCACAAGCACAAGUUCGCAACCUGCAUCACCAGCAACUGAUGCUUCUACAUCAAUACUGCCCACAAGCACAAGUCCGCCACCUGCAUCACCAGUAACUGAUGCUUCUACAUCAAUAAUGCCCACAAGCACAAGUUCGACACUUGCAUCACCUGCACCUGAUGCGUCUGCAUCAAUACUGGCCGCAAGCACAAGUCCGCCACCUGCAUCACCAGUAACUGAUGCGUCUACAUCAAUACUGCUCACAAGCACAAGUUCGCCAGUUGCAUCACCAGCACCUGAUGCUUCUACAAUAAUACUGGCAACAAGCAAAAGUCCGCCACCUGCAUCACCACCAGUAACUGAUGCUUCUACAUCAAUACUGCCCACAAGCACACGUUCGCCACCUACAUCGCCAGCAACUGAUGCUUCUACAUCAAUACUGCCCACAAGCACAAGUUCGCCAUCUGCAUCACCAGCAAUUGAUGCUUCUACAUCAAUACUGCCCACAAGCUCAAGUUCGCCAUCUGCAUCACCAGUAACUGAUGCUUCUACAUCAACACUGCCCACAUGCACAAGUUCGCCAUCCGCAUCACCAGCAAUUGAUGCUUCUACAUCAAUACUGCCCACAAGCACAAGUUCGCCAUCUGCAUCACCAGCAAUUGAUGCUUCUACAUCAAUACUCCCCACAAGCACAAGUCCGCCACCAGCAUCACCAGUAACUGUUGCGUCUACAUCAAUACUGCCCACAAGCACAAGUUCGAUACUUGCAUCACCAGUUACUGUUGCGUCUAAACUACCCACAAGCACAAGUUUGCCAUCUGCAUCACCAGUAACUGAUGCUUCUACAUCAAUACUGCCCACAAGCACACGUUCGCCACCUACAUCACCAGCAACUGAUGCUUCUACAUCAAUACUGCCCACAAGCACAAGUUCGCCAUCUGCAUCACCAGCAAUUAAUGCUUCUACAUCAAUACUGCCCACAAGCUCAAGUUCGCGAUCUGCAUCACCAGUAACUGAUGCUUCUACAUCAAUACUGCCCACAAGCACAAGAUCGCCAUCUGCAUCACCAGCAACUGAUGCUUCUACAUCAACACUGCCCACAAGCACAAGUUCGCCACCUGCAACGACAAACGCCACCGCCCGUAGAAAGAGAGAGGUCGAUGAGGGCGAGUGUGUGGCUAACGCAGAGUGUGUGCAAGACGGGGAAACGCACUUAUGCAAAUGUAAGGAAGGAUUCACAAAUCAAUCAUCAGAGUGUGUUCAAGACAACAUGGCAUGGGGCCAAAACAAAGGAACCUCUAGCAUCAAAGGUGGGAUUUGAUAAGGGCACAGCAACACAGUUUUUGUUGUAAACAUAUAAGUUUCUACUGACUUUUGGCAGUUUGUUCAACUGAAUCUCUUAAAUGAUUGUUCGUGUAUAUGCACCAUUCCAAUGACACUGGUUGUUUUAU